AUGCCAUGGGCAUUAGAGAGAUCUGGUAUUCUUGAGGCUGCUGUCCAAACGACCGGUCUAGAGGACGUGCUCUUUCGUGUCCUUGAGCAAGCAAAUGAAGCCCUCCUGCAACACAAGACCCUUCAUUCACGCCUCGAUCUUGUCAUCGAGGAGUACAAAUCAAUUCAAAUUGAGUAUGCCAUGUUUUUAUUGAUUUACAGGGCUUUUGGUCGCAUACACUCCUUAAUGGACGAUAGUCCGAUCGAUCUAGUCUCUGAUGAAGAGGAGGAUUUGUCUAUAAUCGAGAAGCAGUCGUAA